AUGGAGUCACAGAAUCUAACAGAUAUCUCCGAUUUCCUCCUCUUGGGCCUUUCUGACGAUCCAGAACUGAAACCUCUCCUUUUUGGGAUGUUCCUUUCCAUGUACCUGAUCACUGUGAUUGGGAACUUGCUCAUCAUUUUGACUGUCGUCUCUGAUGCUCAACUCCACACACCCAUGUACUUCUUCCUCUCCAACCUCUCCUUGGCUGACAUUGGUUUUAUCUCCACCACGGUCCCGAAGAUGCUGGUGAACAUCCAGACACACAGCCAAUCCAUCACCUAUGCUGGCUGCCUGACACAGAUUUCCUUUUAUGCCCUUUUUGGAUGUCUAGAUAGUCUUCUCCUAACUGCAAUGGCUUAUGAUAGGUUUGUGGCCAUCUGUUACCCUCUGCACUACACAGCCAUCAUGAAGCCCCGCCUCUGUGGCCUCCUGCUUUUGCUGUCUUUAUUCAUCAGCCUUUUGGACUCCCAGAUGCACAUUUUAAUGGUGUCACUCCUUACCUUCUGCCUAAAUAUGGAAAUCCCUCAUUUCUUCUGCCACCCUACUCAACUCCUCCACAUUGCCUGUUCUGACACCUCCGCCAGCACCACAGUGCUGUAUUGCAUUAGUGCCAUCUUUGGUGGUGUUCCAAUCUCCGGGAUCCUUUUCUCCUAUAUUCGAAUUGUUUCCUCCAUCCUGAGCGUUCCGUCAUCAGGUGGAAAAUAUAAAGCCUUUUCCACCUGUGCUUCUCACCUGUCAGUUGUUUGCCUGUUUUAUGGAACAGGUGUUGGAGUGUAUCUCAGUUCCAUUGUCUUCUCUAUAUCCAGGAAAGAUGCAGUGGCCACGGUGAUGUACACAGUGGUCACCCCCAUGCUGAAUCCCUUCAUCUACAGCCUGAGGAACCGGGACAUUAAGAGGGCCCUCCGGAGGCUGGUCAUCAGAACAAACUAA